GGAUGGAGGAUCUUUUUUUUUUUUUUUUGGUGGAGAUGAAGGGGUGGGUCUAUGGUACAUCACCUGAGUUGUGGGGUAAAUGUAGAGAGUGUCAAUCAAAGGCAGAGCUCUCAGAGCUGGGAAGGAGGCUCUAGAUGGCGGCUGUGCCUUAGAGAGAGCGCGCUCUGCUCCCUGCCUUUGCCUCACUUUACGCAACUUUCCCUAACUUUCGGGCAGCCUCAGGGGGCCCCCGCAGCCCCCUGCCUCUCCUAGUGACUUACUGGGGUCGAUUUGAACCUUUUUUAGGGAGAAAAGCAGCUUUUAGGAGCUUUCUUUUCGUGCCUUGUUGGAAAGAAGCAGCCGUACUGAGAGCCCAGGUCGUUGUUUUUUCCAGCUUAGAAGCCAUGGCGCACCUCCAUUUUUGUGCGCUCUCCUAAUGAGGUUUUUUUUUCUUCCGGACCUGUUUUAGUAUUAAUUAUUGCUUUAUUUUUUGAACAGUUGACAUAUUUGAGGAUUAUUUUAUUUAUUUUUCGUUUUUAAAGGAGGAUUUUGCCUUUAUUUUUAAUUAUUUUGGAUCUGAUAUUUUUCUACUACUAGAUAGGACUCUUGCUUUGGACAUUACUACAUGGAUCAGUAAAUACCUGGGCACAGGACUUCAAAGCAAACAGAUUCCCCCUCCCCCUUAAUAUUUAAGAAUUAAAAAGAUGAUGAGAAAUAAGGACAAAAGCCAAGAGGAGGACAGUUCGCUACACAGCAAUGCAUCGAGUCAUUCAGCCUCUGAAGAAGCUUCAGGUUCAGAUUCAGGCAGCCAGUCGGAAAGUGAGCAGGGCAGUGAUCCAGGAGGUGGACAUGGGAGCGAGUCGAACAGCAGUUCUGAAUCUUCUGAGAGUCAGUCAGAAUCUGAGAGUGAAUCUGCAGGUUCCAAAUCCCAACCAGUUCUUCCAGAAGCCAAAGAGAAGCCAGCAUCCAAGAAGGAACGGAUAGCUGAUGUGAAGAAGAUGUGGGAAGAAUAUCCUGAUGUUUAUGGGGUUAGGCGAUCAAACCGAAGCAGACAAGAACCAUCACGAUUUAAUAUUAAGGAAGAGGCAAGUAGCGGGUCUGAGAGUGGGAGCCCAAAAAGAAGAGGCCAGAGGCAGCUGAAAAAACAAGAAAAAUGGAAACGGGAGCCCUCAGAAGAUGAACAGGAUCAAGGCACCAGUGCAGAGAGUGAACAAGAACAAAAAAAAGUGAAAGCCAGAAGACCUGUCCCCAGAAGGACAGUUCCCAAACCUCGGGUUAAAAAGCAACCUAAGGCUCAGCGUGGAAAGAAAAAAAAGCAAGAUUCUUCCGAUGAUGAUGACGAAGAUGAUGAAGCUCCCAAAAGGCAGACUCGUAGAAGAGCUGCUAAGAAUGUUAGUUAUAAAGAAGAUGAUGACUUUGAGACUGAUUCAGAUGAUCUCAUUGAAAUGACUGGGGAAGGAGUUGAUGAACAGCAAGAUAAUAGUGAAACUAUUGAAAAGGUCUUAGAUUCAAGAUUGGGAAAGAAAGGAGCCACUGGAGCUUCUACUACUGUAUAUGCUAUUGAAGCUAAUGGAGAUCCUAGUGGUGACUUUGACACUGAAAAGGAUGAAGGUGAAAUUCAGUACCUCAUCAAGUGGAAGGGUUGGUCUUAUAUCCACAGUACAUGGGAGAGUGAAGAAUCUUUACAGCAACAGAAAGUGAAAGGCCUAAAAAAACUAGAGAAUUUCAAGAAGAAAGAAGAUGAAAUCAAACAAUGGUUAGGAAAAGUUUCUCCUGAAGAUGUGGAAUAUUUCAAUUGCCAACAGGAGCUGGCUUCAGAGUUGAAUAAACAAUAUCAGAUAGUAGAGAGAGUAAUAGCUGUGAAGACAAGUAAAUCUACAUUGGGUCAAACAGAUUUUCCAGCUCAUACUCGGAAGCCAGCACCUUCCAAUGAACCUGAGUAUCUCUGCAAAUGGAUGGGACUUCCCUAUUCAGAGUGUAGCUGGGAAGAUGAGGCCCUGAUUGGAAAGAAAUUCCAGAGCUGCAUCGACAGCUUCCAUAGUAGGAACAACUCAAAAACUAUCCCAACAAGAGAAUGCAAGGCCCUGAAGCAAAGACCACGAUUUGUAGCUUUAAAGAAACAGCCAGCAUAUUUAGGAGGGGAAAAUCUGGAGCUCCGAGAUUAUCAGCUAGAAGGUCUCAACUGGCUUGCUCAUUCCUGGUGCAAAAAUAACAGUGUAAUUCUUGCUGAUGAAAUGGGCCUAGGAAAGACCAUCCAGACCAUAUCAUUCCUGUCCUACCUGUUCCACCAACACCAGCUGUAUGGACCCUUUCUUAUAGUCGUCCCUUUAUCCACCCUCACCUCAUGGCAGAGGGAGUUUGAAAUCUGGGCACCAGAGAUUAACGUAGUGGUUUACAUAGGUGACCUGAUGAGCAGAAAUACGAUACGGGAAUAUGAAUGGAUUCAUUCUCAAACCAAAAGGCUCAAGUUCAAUGCACUUAUAACAACAUAUGAGAUCCUUUUAAAAGAUAAGACUGUGCUGGGCAGUAUUAACUGGGCCUUUCUGGGAGUGGAUGAAGCCCAUCGGUUGAAGAAUGAUGACUCUUUAUUAUAUAAAACUCUGAUUGAUUUCAAGUCCAACCAUAGGCUCCUGAUUACGGGAACCCCUCUUCAGAAUUCCCUCAAGGAGCUCUGGUCCUUGCUGCACUUUAUUAUGCCGGAGAAGUUUGAAUUCUGGGAAGAUUUUGAAGAAGACCAUGGAAAGGGAAGAGAAAAUGGCUACCAGAGUCUUCAUAAGGUGCUAGAGCCUUUCCUUCUCCGGAGAGUCAAAAAAGAUGUGGAGAAAUCCCUUCCUGCCAAAGUGGAACAGAUUCUCAGAGUAGAGAUGUCGGCCCUUCAGAAACAGUAUUACAAAUGGAUACUGACCAGGAAUUAUAAGGCUCUUGCCAAAGGAACAAGAGGCAGUACGUCUGGUUUUCUUAAUAUUGUGAUGGAACUGAAAAAAUGCUGCAACCAUUGUUAUCUAAUUAAACCUCCUGAAGAAAAUGAAAGGGAAAAUGGACAGGAGAUUCUUCUGUCCCUGAUCAGGAGCAGUGGGAAACUGAUUCUCUUAGACAAACUGUUGACAAGACUUCGAGAAAGGGGGAACAGAGUCCUUAUCUUCUCUCAGAUGGUGAGAAUGUUGGAUAUCCUGGCUGAGUACCUGACUAUUAAGCAUUAUCCUUUCCAGCGUCUGGAUGGUUCCAUCAAGGGAGAAAUCCGAAAACAGGCACUGGAUCACUUCAAUGCAGAUGGGUCUGAGGACUUCUGUUUCCUGCUCUCGACAAGGGCUGGUGGCCUGGGAAUCAAUUUGGCUUCAGCGGACACAGUGGUCAUCUUUGACUCUGACUGGAACCCCCAGAAUGACUUGCAGGCACAAGCCCGAGCCCACAGAAUUGGUCAGAAGAAGCAGGUAAAUAUUUACCGCUUAGUUACAAAGGGGACUGUGGAAGAGGAAAUCAUAGAACGGGCCAAAAAGAAGAUGGUAUUGGACCAUCUGGUGAUUCAGCGCAUGGAUACCACUGGCCGGACAGUUCUGGAAAACAACUCUGGAAGAUCUAACUCAAAUCCUUUUAAUAAAGAAGAACUGACAGCGAUUUUGAAAUUUGGAGCAGAGGAUCUCUUCAAAGAACUUGAAGGGGAAGAGUCAGAGCCUCAGGAAAUGGAUAUAGAUGAAAUUCUACGGUUGGCUGAAACCAGAGAGAAUGAAGUGUCAACAAGUGCGACAGAUGAGCUUUUAUCACAGUUUAAGGUUGCCAAUUUUGCAACAAUGGAAGAUGAAGAAGAGCUGGAAGAACGUCCUCACAAGGACUGGGAUGAGAUCAUUCCAGAGGAGCAAAGGAAAAAAGUAGAGGAAGAGGAGAGACAGAAGGAACUAGAAGAAAUUUAUAUGCUGCCCCGAAUUCGUAGUUCCACUAAAAAGGCUCAGACAAAUGACAGUGAUUCUGACACAGAGUCUAAGAGGCAGGCCCAGAGAUCCUCUGCUUCAGAGAGUGAGACAGAUGAUUCUGAUGAUGACAAGAAGCCAAAGCGCAGAGGGCGUCCCCGAAGUGUGAGGAAAGACCUCGUGGAGGGAUUUACUGAUGCAGAGAUCCGAAGGUUCAUCAAGGCUUAUAAGAAGUUUGGUCUCCCUCUUGAACGAUUGGAGUGCAUAGCACGAGAUGCUGAGCUUGUGGAUAAGUCUGUGGCAGACUUGAAACGCCUGGGUGAACUGAUUCACAAUAGCUGUGUGUCAGCUAUGCAGGAAUAUGAAGAACAGCUGAAAGAAAAUGCCAGUGAGGGGAAAGGGCCAGGGAAAAGGAGAGGUCCAACAAUCAAGAUAUCUGGAGUUCAGGUUAAUGUGAAAUCUAUUAUCCAACAUGAAGAAGAGUUUGAGAUGCUGCAUAAAUCCAUCCCUGUGGACCCUGAAGAAAAAAAAAAAUACUGCUUAACCUGUCGGGUGAAAGCUGCACACUUUGAUGUAGAGUGGGGAGUGGAAGAUGACUCUCGCUUGCUGCUAGGAAUUUAUGAACAUGGCUAUGGAAACUGGGAGUUAAUUAAGACGGACCCAGAGUUGAAACUGACAGAUAAAAUUCUGCCUGUGGAGACAGAUAAAAAGCCUCAGGGGAAGCAGCUACAGACUAGAGCGGAUUACUUGCUGAAGCUGCUCAGGAAGGGUCUGGAGAAGAAGGGAGCUGUGACAGGCGGGGAAGAGGCCAAAUUAAAAAAGCGGAAGCCUCGAGUAAAAAAGGAAAACAAAGCACCGAGGUUGAAAGAUGAGCAUGGACUUGAGUUUUCAUCUCCUAGACACUCAGAUAAUCCAUCAGAGGAAGGAGAAGUAAAGGAUGAUGGCUUAGAAAAAAGUCCAAUGAAGAAAAAACAGAAGAAGAAAGAGAACAAAGAGAACAAGGAGAAGCAAAUGAGUUGUAGGAAAGACAAAGAAGGGGACAAAGAAAGGAAGAAGUCAAAAGAUAAGAAAGAGAAGCCUAAAGGUGGUGAAGCCAAAUCUUCAAGUAAAUCAAAGCGAUCUCAGGGUCCUGUCCAUAUUACAGCAGGAAGUGAACCUGUCCCCAUUGGAGAGGAUGAGGAUGAUGAUCUGGACCAGGAGACCUUCAGUAUUUGUAAGGAGAGGAUGAGGCCAGUGAAAAAGGCACUGAAGCAGCUGGACAAACCUGACAAGGGGCUCAACGUUCAAGAACAGCUAGAACACACCCGAAAUUGCCUGCUUAAAAUUGGAGACCGGAUAGCCGAGUGCCUUAAAGCCUACUCAGACCAGGAGCACAUCAAACUGUGGAGGAGGAAUCUAUGGAUUUUUGUUUCCAAGUUUACAGAAUUUGAUGCUCGAAAGUUACACAAGUUAUACAAGAUGGCUCAUAAGAAAAGAUCUCAAGAGGAGGAGGAGCAAAAGAAGAAAGAUGACAUGAUUGGUGGUAAGAAACCAUUUCGACCAGAGGCCUCGGGCUCAAGCCGGGAUUCUCUGAUAUCUCAGUCCCACACCUCACACCACCUUCACCCUCAGAAGCCUCAUUUGCCUGCUUCCCAUGGCCCACAGAUGCAUGGACACCCAAGAGACAACUACAAUCACCCCAACAAGAGACACUUUAGUAAUGCAGAUCGAGGAGACUGGCAGAGGGAAAGAAAGUUCAACUAUGGUGGUGGCAACAGUAAUCCACCAUGGGGAAGUGACCGGCAUCAUCAGUAUGAGCAGCACUGGUACAAGGACCACCACUAUGGGGACCGGCGACAUAUGGAUGCCCACCGUUCUGGAAGUUAUCGACCCAACAAUCUGUCCAGAAAAAGACCAUAUGAUCAGUACAGCAGUGACCGAGACCACCGGGGACACAGAGAUUAUUAUGACAGACACCAUCAUGACUCCAAGAGGAGGAGAUCUGAUGAUUUUAGGCCUCAAAAUUACCACCAGCAGGAUUUCCGUCGAAUGUCUGAUCACCGCCCCCCUAUGGGCUACCAUGGCCAGGGACCCUCAGACCAUUACCGCUCUUUCCACACAGACAAAUUGGGGGAAUAUAAACAGCCCCUGCCCCCAUUGCACCCUGCAGUCUCAGAUCCUCGUUCACCCCCUUCUCAGAAAUCUCCUCACGAUUCCAAGUCACCCCUGGAUCACAGGUCUCCUUUGGAGAGAUCACUAGAACAGAAAAACAACCCAGAUUAUAACUGGAAUGUUCGGAAAACAUAAAGGACAGCUCAGAAAGAGGAGAGCAGGAGUCAUCAUGUGGACGUUUUUGGUCUGGUCCAACAGUGGCCAGGUAUCUAGACCGGUGAGUGGAGUUUCUGGACAUGCUGCUGCCGUCAACUCACCGGCUGAAGGAGCACUUGAAGGAGUGGGAGGCCUUUCUUCGGGCGGGCUUUGAUUUGGGUCACCACUCCUGCACUUUGGCACCCCAUCCCACUCCAGCCUGGUUUUGGCCUCUCACCUGAUGGGUGCUAGGAGGAAGAGGUGACUUUUUGUGCACCAGCUUUAUUGGGCUGUUUCCCCAGCAAAGGAAUCUGGGAUCUUAAGAGUCAUGAAUGUUUAACUGCCAGGUUCAGUGUUCCUGGACUUUGGUGCAGUGGUCAGGGGAAGGAAUUGAUGCAUGAAGGCUACCAGGAUCUGCUGGACAGUGUGGGAUUUGGUUCACUAUGACAUGAUGGAUGCUGCUGUUGGGGAGUGGGGUGAGUGGGUGGAUCUCAUAUCAUAGGACUUAAAGGGGAGCAGGUGUACUCCUCAAACGUGUCCUUGGGAGAGAUUAUACACUUGGCUUCAUUAUGUGAAAACUACAGGGUGGGAGUAGGUAGAGGACAGCAAGAGAGGAAAAUUACUUCUACCAUGUCCUCCUUCCUACCAACACUAAUUUUCCCCACACUGUCUUUGUACAUUUCAAGGGUUUGGUCUCCUGGGUGGGCCUGCUUUUCCCUGUGCCAGGGAAAGUAGUGUCCUUCUGACUGAUUUUCAAGUACUGUGAGUUAGGCAACAUGGAUGUCAGCGUGGUUAUUCCUUGAUUGGGGAUUGGGCUGAGUGGGUCUAGGGUGGAGGUAGGGAGGGGCCUAGUGUGACCAGGACAGGAAUCCCUGGUGGAUUUCUGAUUCUUGUGGCGAGAGGAAAACCACAGGUCCUGGACAAGAAGCAGAGGCAGGCCUGCUGACCAGUGGGCAAGCACAGAGGUGGGAACACUUGUGUAGGUGGUUGGCAGGUUUCUUGAAAGGGGGCUUUAGUAGUGCCAGCAAAUGGGGGAGCUUUCAGUAUUGGAAUAGGUCAACAUCUGCAGCUACAUUUUAGUUUCCUUUGCACAGCUUGACAAAGUAGAUUACACAGAUCUCCCAGAAUUCAUGGGGUGGUGAGAUGAAAAUAAGUAACCUGUGGUGAAGAAGUUUCCAUUGCUUGUUAGAGAUCAGUAGAAUUAUACUUGGUUUCCUUUAGUAUAAGAUCUGUAAAGUAUAAACCUAAGUUAAUUUUUUUCCCAAAUAGAAAUUGUCUACAGACAGGGUGCCUGAGUUAUAAGUGGUAAGAGUUGUACUGGAGUUGAAUGGAGGCAGGAUUGGGGGACAGGUUUGUUGUAUCAUAAGGCAAGCUCCUUUCACUGUACUGAUGCUCAGGCCUUUUGUUUUAUUAAUUUUCAGUAUAGCUUGCCAGUAUUGUAUCCAAAGCUUUUCCAGAUGGAGACAGAAAAACUUGACUUGAACAUACGAGUAUCCAGGUUUUAAGCUAAUGGGUAUGUGCAGGGUUGAACUCCCUGAACUAACUUGUGGGGACCUCUGUAAGAUCAUUUGUCACAUACUUGCUGAUAUCCUAGGCAGCACCGUUAUUGGCUUUACCAAAACAUGCCCGCAUUGCCUCCCCUGAGGGAAACAGAUAUAGCCAUGGUGAGCCAUUUCUCCUGCUGUACAGAGCAUUAUAGGGCUGGUGCUGAGUUUCCAGGUGAGAGUCAGGGUUCCUGCAGGGAAGGCUCACUACCUUCUUAGCCUCUAUUGUACUUGGGGUGGCUCACCCUGGCCUUGUACAUGCACACCCUACAACAGAGCCCGGAGCAUCUGGCCUCCAUCCUCCCAUGGGGAGGCCUGCCAUGACUGCUCAGUGAAGGCAGGAAAUCAAAUCUCCACUUUGACCACACAUGGAAAAGGAAACCACAGAUGGAGCUUCUUGCUGAUAAUAUCAAUACUAUCCUGUGUUCUGCCCAAGCCAAAGAGGAAGAUUGGGUUGAUUUGCUGGACCUUGAGUGUUGGGAUGUCGGGGUAAGAAGGGGAUGAGCCCCCGUGGGAAGCUGCAGGGUUGGAGGCACCAUCCAUACUUACCCAGGUUUUUCUCUCAAGUUGUUGAUAGGAGUUGUGAGUUAUUCCCAAAGAUGUCUCAUCAUGAGGAAAAAAAGGAACUUCCUUUUGUUCACAUUCAGGACUUUUAGUGCCAUAUGAUGUAGCAAAAGGCAAUAUGGGCCAGAUCAGUGUUAUAUUGAUUCUAAAAUUACAGUAUCCCCCAUUAAACAUCUGUUUUAGGUGUUGAAGUUUAUUUGAAAAGUGGGUUGGGAGAAAGGAGGCAUUUCCUCACUGAUUUUAAUCAGUACAAGUAUAUGUUUAAAUCACAACAGAAGUUUGCACAGGUAAAAUUCUCUCACUUUUGGAAAUGGGAGAAACUGCCCCAGGAAUCUGAGGAUGGUAUUACAUGGAGCCUGGCUUUGAAUGAAUAGCAGGAAGUGAGGAAGGAGGGAGUCUGCAUCAUCAAAAUCUGAAGUAAACAGGGAUGGAGAGGAUGUGCCAUAGUCCUAGAAAAGGACAAGGCGAGCUCCCGUGCUGUUCACUGUAGUCUCUCAGGGGGACUGGAGGGACACAGCCAGGCCCUCUGGGGAGCCUAACCUGAUGGUCCUAGGCUUGCUCUCACAUUAGGCAUUCCCUAAACCCUUCCAAGGGAACCCCACACUUUACCCCAACACGCUGCAGACAUUCUGGCCCUGAGUCUAAAAAUUGCAUCAGGCCUGAGGUGCAAAGGCAAUUUAUUUGGGAGUUCACUUGACAAUACUGAAAUCCUACAGACCAAAAUCCACUUGUCAGCAGGAGCAGUGGCCCAGCCCAGCACCAGUCUUCUGGCUCAUCUAGGGGCAGCCAAGUUGGGCAAGGAGAGCCACUGUCGGGGUCCAGGCUGCUUUAGUCCAUCUGUGCCCCACCCGCCUGGGGACAGGUGGUUUUUUUCUUUAUUGUAAAAUUGUGGACUUUUAAAUCUGUUGACUAAACAGUAAUUAAUUUAUAUUUGUGAAAAAUGCCACUGUCCUAGUGAUUUCUGAUGUAAAUAAUGUUGUUUAUAUAGUAUGUAUUAAAUUUUCCUACAUUGUAAAACUGCUGUACUUUUGAUUCUUGUAUAUUAAAGGCGUUAAUAAGGAUUUUUA